AGUUUUGGGGGUUUUAUGGCAUCGCCGGGUCCCACGUGGAGCGGGGGGGGGAUGGACCCACAGCCGCCUCCCCCGGUUUGGUGUGUCCCUUGUAUGGGGGGGGACAGACGGCUGUUGGGGGGGACAUUGGGGUGCGGGUGCCUCGGGGGGGGCGCUGCUGUUAUCUCCCCACCCGGUGAAACAUUAACCCCGACACUAAACCUGCUGCUUGCAAAACGGCCCCUCAAGGCCGAGUGACACCGUGUCCCCCCAGCAUUGUCACUGUGUCCCCCCCCAUGUUGGCGCCGUGUCCCCCCCAGCGUUGUCUCUGUGGCCCCCCCCCCCCAUAUUGACCACCCUGGGGAGCCCGUCCCCCCCGGGGACACGGGGACAGCUGCAGGUGUCCCCAAGCCCCGCUGCAGGGACACGUGUCCCCGUGCCGUCACCUUCAUGCCACCCGUUGCUUUCCAGCCGUCCCUGCGGACGGACGGACAGACGGACGGACAGAGGCGCCACCAGGGACCUCCCUCCGCCGCAGCAUCGGGCCCAUGGGCCCCCAUGGGCUCCUCCUGGGCGCCCUGGGGCUGGUGUCCCUGGUGUCCCCGGUGUCCCCGGGGGCCGGGGGGGCGCAGGGCCCGCCGGCGGGGGACGCGGCGCAGGAGCACGGGUACUACCUGGGGCAGCUGUUCGGGCAGUACGGCGCCAACGGGACGCUGCCCAGCGAGGGGCUGGCACGGCUGCUGGGCAGCCUGGGGCUGGGCCGCGUGCGCGUGGUGCAGAUCCAGCACGAGGAGCUGGGACACGGCCACGUCACCCACCUGGACCUGCUGGAGGUGCAGGACGACAAGCACCGCCACCGGCACCCCCUCGCCGAACACGCCGGGGCCCCCCCGGCAUCCCCCAGCCCCCGGCCGGCACUGGUGACGAGCUGGACGGAGCCACCACCCGCGGAGCCCCCCGGCGCUGGGGACACCCCCGCGCCCCCCCGGCGGGAGCUGAGCCUGCUGGGCAGGGUGCUGGGCCUGGAGCACUCGGGCAGCGACCACCCGCACCACGACUGCCUGAACGUGACGCAGCUGCUGGUGAACUUCGGGCUGGGCGCCGUGUCGCGGCUCACGCCGGAGCAGUUCACGCUCCUGUGCCCCGCGCUGCUCUACCAGAUCGACAGCCGCGUCUGCAUCCGCCACCGCGACGAGGUGACCACGCCGCCCCCGGCGGGGACACUGUGGACAGCGCUGGGCUGGGGGCUCCUGGCCGUCGCCCUCGUCAGCCUCCCGUCCGCCCUGGCCGUCCUCCUGCUGCCGCUGCUGAGCCGCCGCCGCUUCCACUCGCUGCUGGCCUUCCUGGUGGCGCUGGCCGUGGGGACGCUCUGCGGGGACGCGCUGCUGCACCUCUGGCCACACGCGCAGGGGCGGCACCAGGAGCCCGCGGAGCCGGGGGCCGCGGUGCUGCCGGGGCUGGCGGUGCUGGGGGGCAUCUACCUGCUGUUCCUGCUGGAGCUGCUGCUGGGGACGCUGCGGCGCAGCCGGGAGGCCACGGGACGCUGCACCGGGGAGACGCCCGAUGGGGCCGCGGGGGGCCCGGCACCGUCACAAGGGGGGGCUGAGCUGCAACACCUGACGGAGCUGGAGCUGAAACCCCAUGGGCGCCCCCACGGACACCCCCACGGACACCCCCACGGACACCCCCACGGACACUCCCACAGCCCCGCGUUGCCCCCCAGCCCCACGGCCACCGACAUUGUCUGGAUGGUGGUGCUGGGGGACGGGAUCCACAACCUGAUGGACGGGCUGGCCAUCGGCAUCGCGUUCUCCCGCAGCGCGUCUCUGGGGCUCAGCACCGCGCUGGCCGUGCUGUGCCACGAGCUGCCCCACGAGCUGGGGGACCUGGCGGUGCUGCUGCGGGCGGGCACGGGCCCCCGCACCCUCCUGCGCCUCAACCUGCUCUCGGCGCUGCUCUCGGCGCUGGGGGCCGCGGGGGGGGCGGCCGUGGGGCAGAGCGCGGCGCACGUCACCCCCUGGCUCCUCACCGCCACCGCCGGCACCUUCCUCUACGUGGCCCUGGCCGACAUGCUCCCCGAGGUGCUGCGGGGAGCCCAGGGCCCCGGGGGGGGCUCGUGGGGCCGGUUCCUGCUGCAGAACGGGGGGUUCCUGCUGGGCAGCGGCAUCAUGCUGGGCAUCGCGCUCGCCGAGGGACACGUCCGCGCGUGGCUGCAGCCCUGAGCGCCCGGGGGGGCCCGGCCCGGCCCCCCCAUCACCCACCCCAGAGGGGACCCCCAACCGGAGCCACCGGGACCCCAGAUGUGCCCACGGGAUGGGACGUUCUCCCCCAUGGGGCUCAGCCCUGGGGAUCCCUUGGGGCACCCAGCACUCCCUGGGGGGGACGGGGGGGUUACAGCACUG